UAGUACUCGAUGUGUUGGCAUGAUUGUGAAGAAAAGUUUGUUCAUUUAUUCUCACUGUUUAUACCUUACUCUUCUAUGUUUGCACUAAUUUUCUCGAUAUUAUAAUAACGGUUAUAAGCUAUAACCUUGGAGCUAGAGUGGUAGAUUCUUGUUGACUGGAACGUUAAUGGAAGCUUUUUCUGCAACUCUGAAUUUUGCAACCCCAUUUGCAAGGGAGAAUGAAGUUUGGUGGAAGAAGAGCAAAGGGAGGAUGAAGAAAAAUGUUUUGGCUAAUCAGUUCUCUAAAAGAUUCAAAAUUGAAAGAACAAAAAGGGAUAUGAAACCAGGAUUUGCUUUCUCUGUUCUCUCCGGAGGAAAUGGCAAUGAUACUAUGAGUGUUGAAGCACCAGGAAUGGAGAGAGCUAUAGCAAACCCUAAAAAUGUGGCUGCAUUCAUACUGGGAGAGGGUGCUGGGACCCAGUUAUUCCCGCUUACGAAUAGGACUGCAACUGCUGCUGUCCCGGUCGGAGGAUGCUAUAGGAUGAUUGACUUCCCAAUGAGCAAUUGCAUUAACAGUGGAAUCAACAAGAUCUUCGUGUCGACCCAAUUCAAUUCUGCGCCUCUCAACCGUCACAUUGCACGCACCUACUUCGGAAAUGGUGUGAGCUUGGGCGAUGGGUUUGUAGAGGUUUUAGCAGCAACUCAGACAUCAGGAGAAGCAGGAAUGAAAUGGUUUCAAGGGUCAGCUGAUGCUGUCAGGAAAUUUAGUUGGGUAUUUGAGGAUGUGAGGAACAAGGACAUUGAUAAUAUACUUAUUGUGCCUGGUGAUCAACUUUACCGGAUGGACUAUAUGGACUUAGUGCAGAAACACAUUGAUUGCAAUUCCGAUAUUACCCUUGCUUGUGCACCAGUUGGGGAUAGCCAAGCAGCAGACUUUGGGCUGGUGAAAAUUGACCACAAGGGCAAAGUUGUCCAGUUCAACGAAAAACCCGAAGACGCGAGGUUAAAAGAAAUGCAAGUGGACACCAGUCUCAUAGGAUUGUCUCCUGAAGAAGCCAAAAGGAAUCCAUAUAUUGCUUCAAUGGGAUUAUAUGUGUUUAAGAGAGAUAUUCUGAUGAAGCUGUUAAGCUGGAGAUACCCCACAGCAAAUGACUUUGAGUCAGAAAUCAUUCCUGCAGUUAUCCAUGACCACAAUGUUCAAGCUUACAUCUUCAGAGACUAUUGGGAAGACACAGGGACACUAAAAUCUUUCUACAAAGCAAACUUGGCCCUCACACAAGAGUUUCCCAAGUUUGAGUUUUAUGAUCCCAGAACACCUUUCUACACAUCUCCACGAUUACUACCACCAACCAAAAUCGAUUAUUGCAAGAUUAAGAAUGCCAUAAUCUCCCAUGGUUGUUUCUUGCGGGAGUGUGUCGUGGAACACUCCAUUGUUGGUGAGCGGUCCCGCUUGGAUCACGGCGUUAACCUCAAGGAGUCGCUGAUGAUGGGGGCAGAUUAUUACGAGACAGAAUCUGAGAUUGCGUUUCUUCUUGGCAAUGGAGAUGUACCAAUUGGGAUUGGGCAAAAUUCAAAAAUAAGCAACUGUAUCAUUGACAAGAAUGUAAGAAUAGGGAAGGAUGUGAUCAUCAAGAACACAGAUGGUGUUGAAGAAGCAGACAGGCCAGAUGAAGGAUUCUAUAUUAGAUCAGGAAUUACUAUUCUGAUGGAGAAAGCAAUCAUCAAAGACGGAACAGUCAUAUAAAAUAACCUUAGCAUUUGGAAUCAAGUCAUAUCUCAUUUAUAGUAGUAUAGAGUAUACACUAAUACACACACAUACAUAAUACUACGUACUAUAUACUACGAUUAAUUCAUAAUUA